AAUGCUCAAGUGAUGAUGUGAAUGUGAUAGCUGUGUCGUGUGUGUGUUGAAGACAACAACAGUUUUGCUUUCAUUUUCUUCUUGAGUUUGAUUCAUCACCCUCGUUUGUGUUGUGUUGUUUGUGUGACUGUUGAUUCUCUCUCCACCACACUCCAAAGAAAAAAGUAGCUUUCAACCCUUACUCUGGAAUGAACCAGAUCUCUUCAGCAGCCAACAGACACAGAAUUUACAAGACCGGUUUUUGCUCCUUAUCUUAAGCUUGUGCCAAAAAUUUUAUCUAUCCCACCUUCCCACAACAUUGCCACCUACCUACCAUUUCCUGUAGUUUUUUUCAAAUCUUGGGGUGGUUGAAAGUUUUAAACUUUUCUUGAUUUGAUUGCAAGUUUGGUCUUGAAUGAAUACUUCUAAGAAAAGGGUACUGCCUCGUGUCAUUGGAUGUGUGAAUUUCUGAACUCAUUUCACAGAGGUCAUGCAUUAUUCUGCUGCCUCUCUUUGCAUCCAAUACCUGCUGUCGGUUUAGACUUGGAAUUCCUGAUUCAGGAUUGUUCUAAUAUAGGUGUGAGCUGGAUACCCCUUCAAUCCUCUGGUAUUGGCAUGUACCAAAUUUGAGAAGCCUGUAAAGGUUUGCUGGGGAAGUAGAGGAUCUACACUAAUUUGAAUGGGGCAUUCUGCAGCUGUGUGGGACUAUAGAGCAGCAACUGAAAUUACAAAGGACUGGAAUGGGAUUCAUCAAAUUGUGCUUCGGACUCCAAGGGGUGCUUCAGCACAGGUAUGCUUACAUGGGGCGCAGGUCACUUCAUGGCGGAAUGAGCAUGGGGAAGAACUUCUAUUCACAAGCAGCAAGGCAAUUUUCAAGGCUCCAAAAGCCAUACGAGGAGGAAUUCCUAUAUGUUCUCCACAGUUCGGAAACUGUGGAUCGCUGGAGCUGCAUGGUUUUGCGAGAAAUAGAAUGUGGGCAAUUGAUGAUAAUCCUCCUCCUCUGCCUGCAAAUGAUUCUAGUGGGAAAUCCUUCAUUGACCUGGUACUAAAAUCAUCUGAAGAAGAUAUGAAGGGCUGGCCACAUAGUUUUGAAUUCCGUCUUCGGGUGUCUCUUACAACAGAUGGAGACCUGACUUUGAUAUCUAGAGUCAGGAAUAUAAAUGGCAAGCCAUUUAGUUUCUCAUUUGCAUAUCACACAUACUUAAUGGUCUCUGACAUAAGUGAGAUAAGGAUUGAAGGUCUGGAGACACUGGAUUACCUAGACAAUCUUUUCCAAAAGGAACGGUUUACAGAACAAGGAGAUGCAAUAACAUUUGAAUCUGAGGUGGAUCGAGUUUAUCUUAGCUCUCCAAACAUAAUUGCAGUGCUAGAUCAUGAGAGGAAACGAACAUUUGUUAUAAGGAAGGAUGGUCUCCCUGAUGUUGCUGUGUGGAAUCCAUGGGAGAAGAAAUCAAAAUCAAUGGCAGACUUUGGUGAUGAGGAGUAUAAACAUAUGCUUUGUGUUGAUGGGGCAGUGAUAGAGAAACCUGUGAACUUGAAGCCAGGCGAGGAAUGGACUGGGCGGCUGCAGCUCUCGGUUGUGCCGUCAAGUUUUUGCAGUGACCGUCUGGGUCUCGACAGAAGUGGUCUUUGAGGAAUUGUACAAAAUCGGUCAGAGUUUAUGCUACAUCCUGUAAUGUAGCAUUGAGUCGUAGACAUAGUCUCCUUAGGAGUAUCAGGUUUUUCUGUUGUGUGGUCUUUUUAGGCUAGAAAUAGUGUUUUAGAGAGGCCUAUGUUUUUUGUGAGAAUGGCUAUCAAAUGUUACCCGGUUAUUAGUUAGUUGGUUCGGUUCUGCUAUGGACUCUUCUUGAAGCGUUAGAUUUGUUGUGUAGAUGUUAAGUUUCUUCCCUGGAUGGAUUUUAUGAUCUUCCACGUAAUGGCUAUAUUAAACUUUCUUGUUCCAAUUUACUAAUAUUGAUUGGGUGGGUA